UUUCUCACUAAUAAGGACCAAAUCAAACAUUUUAUUGUCGUAACCCUUUAGAAAUAAUUUGGUACACGAAAAAAAAUAUUUUUCAAGAGUAUGAUAUUCGAAGAUGGGUUAUUUAUAAAAUACAAUACAACGAAAAAGGUUAUGGGAGUUGUUUUUGUCUCCAACUCUCAAUUGAAUAUCGAAAUUUUGGCAAAAUAUGCUUGUCGCCGCUUUUUAUAACAUAUUUUGCGCACCUUUUUACCAAUGAUAGAUACGUAUCUUAAGACCCAUUUUUUCAACGAUAUAUUAACAAAGGACAUAAUUUUUGAUAGCACAAGGUUUUAUUUCGAUGAUAGAACUAAAAAGUGUUUAUUUUUAAGUUUCUUGCAUGUCGCAAAAUUUAAGAUAUCUACGUUAUACAUCUCUUUAAAAUGUUAAAUUUUCCUUAUUAAAAACAUUUUGUGACUAAAGAACAUUUAAAAUUGUUUGUACCUGUCUGAUUUCUAAAUUAAGAAAACAAAAAUUACAACUGGGUUUGUUCGGUUUUUAAAAUUGAUGCCAAACGUCGUUUGAUUGGAAUGUUAUAUAAAAGUGUGAUAUCUACGUGAAUUAAAAUAUAAAAAAUCGACAAGCACUACAAAAGCCACACACAUGUUAACUGAAUAAAAUUCGUUCACAUUAUAAGUGUUAAACAUUGACUAAUUUAUAUUUAAUCAUAAUUCCAUUUGCUAAAGCCAAACAUAACAGAAAAUAUCUACGUUAUCGGUAUUUACGUUACUGCAGUACGAAUACAAUUGAGUACGAAGUCAAUCUUGUGUAUACCUAAAUGACGUCAUCACAUUAUGAAAUGACGUAAUAAUUCACGACAGCCAUGUUUUUUUCCAAUGACAAACUUCGCAAAUAAUACAGAAAAUUUUAGCGAAACAUUGUAGAACAGCCAACAAUCCUCCUAACCAAGAUGGGGAAAUCGCGGGCACAGAUACAAAAAGAGUACAGAGAGCGCAAGAAACAACUGUUAGGUGCAGAAUACCAGAAGACGGAGCGAGAAAGGGUUAAAAAGUAUUACAUUCCAUCAGCUGAACUUAGUAACAAAAAGAGAAAACAAAGAAAUGAAAAGAUGAAGGCUGCUAACAAACGAUUUAGAACUAGACGACAAGAGUUGUUGGAUAGAUUACGAAUAUAUGAGUUAAGUAGGGCAUCCAAUGAUGAAAGUGGAUAUGCUAGCAUCGGAAGUGAAGUUGCCAAUAGUACAGAAAGUGAUACAGAGAGAGAACCAGUUACAGGUGAUAGAGAACGCUUGAUCGUCAGUCUUCCUGCAAUUAGAAUAAAUCAAGAGCAAAUGGGGCUAAAAAGGCACGAAGUCGAGCACUUGCUAGGGCACAUAGAUCAAUUGCAACACUGA